AUGCUCUCCUCCACCGCUGCAAACGAGACGACACCUCUUCUUCAGAAUUCUCUCUCGUCCGACAUCGAGAAUGAGGCCGACUUUUCCAGGUCCUCAUCUCCAACCGACGGUUUGCCGGAAGGAGAAAAUGUGAGCCGGGCGCUUGGUUGCCACGUGAGCCUUCACCUUUUUGGGUCGCUCUUCGUCGAUUCCAUUCCUGAAAAGUUGCUGGAUAUUUACGAUGAUGCAGUUAUUUUGUCCUACACACUUCAAAACUCGGUUCAAACAGCCUCAAUUCUCAUUGUGGGUCGGCUAGGCCCCGAAGAAUUAUCGGUUGCCGCAUUUUCCCUGAUGUUGGCGUUCAUGAUCCCACUUUAUUCUAUAGGCUGGUGCGUUGCACUGGGUGGUACGACAGCUCUCGAUACUCUCGGUUCUCAGGCCUUCACUGGUGGAAGUCGUCCCACGGACUUGUCCAUCCACUUUCAAAGAUGUAUUGUCUUGUUGUGGAUUCUUCUGAUUCCUGUCUGCAUUCUAUGGGCUUUCAUUGAACCUAUCUUACUGGCGCUUGGUCAGCCUGAAAUACUUAGCAGUGAUGUCCAGAGGUUCUUACGUGUUCUCAUUAUCGGCGCGCCCGGAUACAUCGGCUUUGAGAGCUUAAAGAAGUAUCUUCAAUGUCAAGGGAUCAUGGGAGCCUCCACCGCUGUUCUCGCAGUAGUCUUUCCCAUCAACAUCGGAUUGAAUGUGUUCUUCGUCCACUUCACAUCUCUUGGCUUGUUGGGUUCUCCCGUUGCCUUAUCUUUAACUUACUGGAUGGCCUUUUUCCUUCUUUCCGUUUACACGGCUUGGUCUCCCACGCAUCAGCAGAAUGGUUGUUGGGGAGGGUUGCAAUUGGGUGCAGUGUUCCAUCUGCACAGCUGUUAUCUUUUCCUCAAGUUGGCUAUUCCGGGAAUCCUUAUGGUUGGGACUGAAUGGGCCGCCUUUGAGAUCGUAGCGCUCGCUGCAGGUCGCUUAGGUUCGCUUCCUCUUGCCGCACAAUCCGUUAUCAUGACCACGGACCAAAUUCUCAACACGUUGCCUUUUGGUAUUGGAGUCGCGGCGUCCAAUCGUGUGGGUAAUCUCAUAGGUGCUCGUUCUGCCGUUGGAGCAAAGAAUGCCGCACAUGCGUCCGCUCUACUGAGUAUGAUAGUGGGUCUUCUUGUUAUGACCGUUAUGAUGGCUACCAAAGACGUCUAUGGUUAUUUAUUCAGUGACGAUGAGGGUGUUGUUGAUCUCGUCAGCAAAGUGAUGCCCUUAGUGGCGUCCUUCCAAGUCGCUGAUGGUCUUGCCGGAUCCUGUGGAGGAGUAUUGCGCGGUCAAGGUCGCCAGCAUCUCGGUGCUCUGUUCAAUCUUGUUGCAUAUUAUGUACUCGCCUUACCAAUGGGUAUCACGCUUGCUUUUCCCUACGAUCUUGGCCUCCAAGGUCUCUGGAUUGGUCAAGUUGUGGCCUUGUUCUUAGUUGGACUGGGUGAAUAUUUCGUGGUUUGGCUUGGUACCGAUUGGGAUCUCGAGGUUCAGCGAGGUGUAGACAGAAACCAAGAGGAGGCAAAACGAAGGUCUAUUGACAGGGCUUCUGGUGAAGAAUGA